ACAUGUGCGCAUAAAUAGGCACUUCCCUCGCGUCCGCCUCUACCCCCUUCCCUCCCCUCGCGCCAUCGCCGGUGCCGCACCCUGUGGUUUGGGUUCGUGCCCUAGAGAGCUGAGCUAGGGCGCCGCCGGGCGCAGGUAGCCUUCGUCUUCUUCGCCAACCACAAACCUCACCGCGGCAACCUGGUGCUCCGGCCGCGCAGGUGCUUGUGUGUUUACUGCACUGGUAGACCCUUUUGUGCGUCUGAAGUGCCUGCGGAUGGUCCAGGGAAUGGCACCUUCCGGCGAGCCCGGUGGUGAAGAUCUGCACAAAAGGGCACUUGAGAACCACCGUAAGGAGACUGUGGGGUUCCUCAUCCUUGCUAAGUCCAUACUCAGCGACGAUGCAUACAAGGAUCUCAUCAAGACAUCACAGGAGAUCGUUAAACGAAGUUCAUGUACUGAAGGUGGAAUCACAGCCAAAAAAUGCGAAGAAAUUCUGUUGGGAGUGUUUGCUGGCCAAACUCACGUCCUAAAGGGCUUCCAUCACUUUCUGGCUGGGCGUGAUCCCUUCCACGACAAUGACAGCCAGCAGAGCGUAUUGGGUGUACUCUCUUUCCUUGCGAAAGUGAAGGAGUCCCCUUGUAUAUCCCAUGAAGAUUACAAUGAUUUAAUAGCCACCCUGACUGAGUUUAUUGUCACAAAGACCGUGGGAGUUGAAGAUGUUUACAGAAAGGUAAAGAGAGCCAUGCAUCAGUGCCCAGAGUUCAUACAUAUCUUUGAAAAUUUUCUGUCUGAUAGCCCAAGGGUGACUGUACCAAAUGAGCAAUCUCACGGAAGUCCAAAGACUAGUCCUACUGACAAGGCAGUUUUAUGCUUUACUCCAGAUGCAAAUCAUAACUUGGAUGGUAACCGAACAAAAACAACUAAUAUGAAAUGUAAUGUAUCUCAAGUGGGGCAUCCUCAUGAUCAAGACCAUGAAGAAACAGAGGACAAUUUCAGGCAGAGACAUACUCAAAUUAUCCUUGAUUCCUUUGAAACAGGUAAUGGAGAAUCACUUUAUGCAGAAGAGUAUGAGGGAGACAAGAUUGAUCCCUUACCAGACUGGAGUUCCUCAAAAGAAAAUGAAUUACCCCCCAAGGUGAACCUCGAUAUGUGCUCACGUUGCACUACUAGCUACUACCUGCUACCAAAGAAUUGUUUAACUCUAAAAUCAAGUUACCGGACCGAGCUGGGGCAGUCUAUAUUUAACGACACAUUGGUUUCUGCUACCUCUGGGAGGGAGGAUUGCUUUAAAUUCAGAACUAAAAAUCAUUAUGAAGAAAAUAUUUUCAAAUGCGAAGAUGACAUGUUUGAGAGUGACAUGCUAUUGCAGCGCUACAAAGCAACCGCUGACUUUAUUGGAAAUCUGCAAGACAAUAUUGACAGCUCUGUGAAAAUUCAAGAGUAUCUAACUCCCUUACAUAGGAGGUGCAUUGAACAAUUAUACGAUGAACAUGGCCUUGACAUGCUUGAUGCACUGUGGAAGAAAAUUGAUACCAGUACAGCUCUUGUUAUUCUACAUUCUCGUUUAAAUCAGAAGAUAGACGAUUUAUCAGAGGCACGGUUAUCUAUGAAUAAAAUGUGCUCCAGUAUUAUGGCCAAUAAUUACCACAGAUCGCUUGAUCAUCGAAGCUCCUCCUUCAAACAAUUGGAUAAGAAGAGGAUGAGCCCAAAAGCUUUGCUUGCUGAAGCCAAAGAAAUUAAUAUGGCAAGGUUGAACAAUGGGGAUAAACAUAUUUCGUCUGCUAGCAACAAUCAGUCAAGUUUGAUUUCGGAAAAUGUACCUAAAGAUACUGAGCUUCACAUCCACAAUGACAUAAACAUGAUGGUUCAUUGUGCCACCAAAAGCUGUCCUGAACAAAAGCCAAUGAUGAUUUGGACAAAAUUAGUUCAACCAUUUGUUUCUAUUAAUUGUCAGUUAACAGAAUCAAAUGGCACUGUAGCUCCCAAACAAGCUUGUGAACACUGUGGUCUUGGCAAAAAUUUUCUCAGGAGCAUCCCUGAGUCUUCGUUUGCUAAUAAUAUUCCUUUAUCUUCGACGAGAGGUGGAUAUCUUGUAAAUACACCCAAUAGGUCUGCUUCUAUACAUGAUGCUUGUCAGACAGAGAUCGAGGAGGGUGAAUUCAUACCUGAUGUCCAGUUAGGUUCCAUGCUUGAACCUGGGAAUGGAGCAGCAAGUUUCAGCGUUUCUGAUCCCAGUGAAGACGAGAUGAGUUUUCGGUGCCCAGGCAGUAGUAUUUAUGAUCAAGGUAAUAAAUCUGGAGUGCAUCAUGAAUCGAGAGAAGGCAGCAAUGUUGAAAUGGGAAGUUUAGCAUAUUCCAAGAGACCAGCUGAACCGCUUGAUGUGAACGGCAGUAUACCUUGCUGUUCUCUGGUUGUGCUCUUGAGGCUUCACCAGAUUUUGUGUGAGAGACUCCUAGUAGCAAAGGUUCUUUCGGCAAAAGCAAGGGAUAAAGCUCCUUCUCGAGGUUCAGUCACUUGUGAUGUAUAUGCUGGGUUUAAGAGGGAACUCUUUAACCUACUAACAGGCUCUACUAACAGUUCGAACUUUGAGAAGUACUGCCUGACUUUCCUUGGGCCGAAAUCCUAUGUACUCUUUACUCUAAACGAGGUGAUGGGCCGAGUUAUCAAGCAGCUCUGCAAAAUUUGUUCAGGUGCUGAAGACCAGCCCCAUGAGGGAAUGAGAGGACAAGACCCAUCCAAAUAUAUAUCUCGCCAUCAACAUGCAAGAAGCUCUCCGACUCGUCUAACAAAUGGAUCACUGGAGCAAGAUUACCAUGAGGAGGGAGAGAAAGGUAGCAAGCCUCUCGACGAUACUAUUAAGCCGAUGCAAAACCAUUUUCAGAGAAGGAAAAAGCGGAAGCUGGAGGCGGGUAUAGCGAGCAUAUCUCAGCCUGGCGCAGAUGGUUUAAUCUCUUAGCUCCCGGAUGGAACUCGUAGUAGAAUAGCUAUUGUACACAAGUUUGUACCAAACCCAUCAUGUAAAUAUAUGCCUGGGUGUAGUGUGUUAAUGAAAGACUUAAAGCCUAUAUACUAUAGGCCCAUAUGGCCCAUAAGGUCUUCUACAUAUUAUUGUCUCUAAUUGAGAGAUUAUCUUCUCAAUCCUUCAAGGUUAGUAACAUAGUGUAGCAAAGCAAAUCUGUUGGCUGCAAUAGGCAUGCACGAGCUGGUAGAAGUCAUAGUCGUAGUUGUUAGAGUAUAUUAGGGAUAUCUCUAUAUUAGGUAGAUUAAGAUUGUAUCCGUAUCCUACCAGAUCUGUAGGAGAGACUCCUUACCCUCCAAGUCAUGUACCCCUAUAUAUUCAGCCCCAAGGCUCAGGCUAAUACAAUCCACAACAAUCCACCAAUUCUAUUCUCCAACAUGGUAUCACGAGAUUAGGGUUUGGGAUCCUAGGCUAAACCUUCCGCUGCCGCCACCCUCACCCCUGUCUCUCCUCGUGCCCCAACCUCCUGCACGUCAUCGGCCGUCUCCCACGUCGCCCAUCCAGGGCGUCCCCUCGAUCUCCGCCGGGGGCAGCGCCCUCUUCGAUUCCCGUAACAGAUCUUGUUAGUCCGCCGCCUUAGAGUGUCAAGCAGCAACAGAUCAUGGCGUACCUCUCCAUCCGCCAUGGAAGCCAUCGUCGACGACCCCGUCCAGCGCUGCCGUGGUGGCAGUCGUGGUCUCCCGUGAUGCUCGCGCUCUCCCUUGUGCUGUCGUGGUGGCAGCACGGGCCUCUACGUGGCGCAUCCACUCGUCGCCGGCGGAUUUCGCGCGGCCCCUUCGCUCCACCCCGUCCCCUCCCCUGCCGCCGCCUGGACCCGCGCCGCCGACGGCCAGGACCUGCGCCGCCCGACCCGGCGGAAACCUCCGCCGCCGGCGUAGGGACUCGCGCCGUCCAGUGCGGCUCCGCCGGUGCGGGGCUGGGACCUGCUCCAGCGGAUCCCCUGCCGACGCCGCCCGGGACCCGCGCCGCCCGCUCUCCAGAGCUCUCCACCGUCCACCGGACCGCCCCGCUCCUCUGUUCCCUUCUUUUUCCCCUUCUCGCACUGGUGUCUUUCACUGUGGUGGGCAGAUAGUGAAGAUGAUAAGGGAGGGGGGUCUGUGCUAUGCGCACCCAGGGUUACUACACGACCUGCUGCUAUGUGUAUUUUCUUUUGCUCGAUCACUGAUCGAGAUUGCGUCGCCCACCGCCCGUCGACUUCGCGCCUCUACCUCGACGUCGGCAUCGACUUCACCGGCCUCUUCUUCCUCUCCGACCCUGCGGCAUGGCGAGAUGGCCGGCACCCUAGGGGGCGCUCGUUUGCGCCGCCGCCUACAUCGCCGCCUUGUCCGCACGUCGACCUUCGCCGGCUCGUCGUCGCCUUCACCGAUCGGGACGCCUUCACCGACUUCGCCCACCGUCAUCUCGCCUCACGCUACUCGGUCUGAUCAGCCGAUGUGCGUGAUCCACCCGGCUUCCGUGACGUCCGUCCUUGUCGAGCGCGCCCUUCACCGAGCACGGAGGGCUGUCGCUACGCUGCUUCUUCGGGCAGCAGUGGCGUCACCCCGUGGUCUUCUCCGCCAUUGCUUCCUCACCGCCGCCGACCAUGUCCCUAACCUCAUCGUUGACUCGUCGCUGCGCGCUUCGCGCAUGGUCUUCGUCAAGCUGUACGAGUUCUUCACCGUCUCUUUCGAGCGCCGCCGUCGCAUCAACCGGAUCAUUCGGCCUUGUGCUGGAAAAUCUGGGUUCCCCUCCUAGCUUCGUCUAGCACAACCACGUCGCCAGCGUCGCCAUCUCGUCCCCGACUACUUCGUCUACUCCAGCAACAGCAGGCAUUGGCAUCUUCUACCUCGCCUUCUUCUACGCCUGCGACCGCCAUGGAGGCCUUCUCUGCUGGUCCCCCCGGCGACAGCGUCUGGUUGUGCAUCCUCCCUUGCACGUCCGGUAUUGGCAACACCGGUGCGUGCCCAUCGUCCCCGGCGCAUUCCCGAGCCUGGCAAACCUGGGCAUGUGUCGCCCAAUGGCCUGACUGCAUCGACUUCGGCAUCGCUCCCUCUACGACUGCCUCGACGCGUCGCCAUCUUCGUCUCCGGCGUCUUCUCCAUUAUGCCACCACCAUGGCGCCUCCUCGUGCUCCCGCGACUUCAUGUGCGGCUACCUUGUCUUCGGCAACCUCGACAUAGCUACGUCGAUCACGGCUACUCUACGUAUGGCAUCAUUGACCAUGGCUACUCGUCCUCACCUCGGCUACCUCGACAUCGGCACAAAGGGCUAUCAUCUGCUUGAGCAACCUUGUGGGUUUCCACUCCAGCCACAGCAUCUGUAGCGCCCUGACCGUUGUGACUGCUGGGGGAUGUCAGUUUACCGACUUCUCUCCAGUCUCACUGUCUGCGAUGCUCCCGCUGUGACUGCGAGGGGCUGUUAGAGUAUAUUAGGGAUAUCUCUAUAUUAGGUAGAUUAGGAUUGUAUCCGUAUCCUACCAGAUCUGUAGGAGAGGCUCCUUGCCCUCCAAGUCCUGUACCCCUAUAUAUUCAGCCCCAAGGCUCAGGCUAAUACAAUCCACAACA